GUACGCACCACAUUCUAAAUUCGAAUCAAAAUUUUCGAUUAUUUUUCACUAUAUAAUUUCCACAGAAAUGCCUCCCAGGCCCCAGCACCGCGAUGUAGCCCAGUUCCUGAGCAAGCUUCGUGACUUUUUCCUUGGCCGCAAACACAAAACGGCCCACCGCUUCGCGGACACAGUGUCACCGCGCACUCAGCCCCAGCCGGGCAUUCCAUCCGGGCCGUACCGACGCCUGUUCGGCAACUAUUACUACACCAGAGAUCCACGGAGUAGCGUGAAGCCGCCCAUUGAUGUUGUCCAGGAGCUAAAGAGCAAGUUAGCAGCCAAGGCUGCUGCCAAGGCAGCUCCAGCUCCAGCACAGCCGGGCGUGAAGCCUCCUCCUCCACCAGCUACGCCACCAAAGGCAGCAGAGUCCAUGAAAGCUGACAAUUGUGUCGAGCAGAAGACCGAUUCCGGGUUAAAGAUUCUUCCCACUCCAGGAAUGAUGCAUUCCUGGGAGGGGCCGUCAGAUUAAAGAAAUUCCUAGUAGUUCUGCUGAAAUUUUAUUAAUAUGUACUUAGAA